GACAACGGUUAAUCUAGCCAUAUGUAUAGAUAUGCUAAUUUUAUUGUUUGAGAGCAAUCAAUUCUGAUUGUGUAAAUUUAUUAUAGACAUUAUUUUAUUCCAUUGCUUUGUAUCUAGUAAUUUUAAGUCGCCUAAAAGAAGCUUAAAAGAGGAUGUAAAAACCAAUAUAAUCUUAGAUCAUAUAUUACUCACUUACGCUCUACUCCAGAUACAGUUGUAAAAUAACUAGAAGAAGAACACGUGGUAAAUUUUAUAAAACAUAAAUAAGUUAGGUUAUGUGUAUAAAUUUAAAGUUUUGAUAUCAAAAUGUCCUCAGAAGAAAUGGACAUUGCUGAAAGCAAUGAAAUUAAUGACAGUGAGAUGGGAGAGACUAGCGAAACUCAAGAAAAAAAAGUAUACUUACCUGGUCAGCCUUUAGAACACGGAGAAGAACUUGUAAUGGAUAAAUCUGUGUAUGUAAUGUACCAUCAAGCUCAAACAAGUUCACCUUGCUUAAGUUUUGAUAUUAUUCGAGAUAAUUUAGGUGAUAUUAGAGAGAAUUUCCCUUUAACUGCUUAUUUGGUAGCAGGGACUCAGGCACCUCAAACCCAUGUUAACCAUGUAAUCGUUAUGAAACUUUCAAAUAUGCACAAAACUAAUAAAGAUGAAGAAGAUAAUUCAGAUUCAGAAGAUGAAGAUGAGGACGAAAGCAAACAUCCUAAAAUGAGUGGUGCUUUAAUUAAGCAUCAAGGAACUGUUAAUAGAAUUAGGGCUACUACUCUGGGAGAAACUGUGUUUGCAGCAUCUUGGAGUGAAUUGGGUAGAGUAAACAUAUGGGACCUUAGUACCCAACUAAAAGUUGUAGAUAAUGAACCUGGAUUAGCAAAAUAUAACAAAGAAAAUACUGCUAGCUCAGUUACACCUGUAUUUACUUUUACGGGUCAUCAAAAAGAGGGGUUUGCUAUAGAUUGGUGUCCAACAACACCUGGGAUGUUGGCCACAGGCGAUUGUAAGAGAGACAUUCAUAUUUGGAAACCAAAUAAUGCUUCCAGUUGGACAGUAGACCAAAGACCACUGGUAGGUCACACAGAUUCGGUUGAGGAUAUUCAGUGGUCCCCCAAUGAAAAGAGUGUCUUAGCAUCUUGUUCUGUAGAUAAGAGUAUUAGAAUUUGGGAUGUAAGAGCGGCACCAAGUAAAGCUUGUAUGCUUACUGCCGAUAGGGCACAUGAAAGUGAUGUAAAUGUCAUAAAUUGGAAUAAAAAUGAACCGUUUAUAGUUAGUGGUGGGGAUGAUGGUAUUGUCCACAUAUGGGAUUUAAGAAAAUUCAAGGAUAAAUCUCCUUUAGCAACCUUUAAACACCAUACGGAAUCUGUUGUUAGUGUAGAAUGGCAUCAAACGGAUUCUGCUGUUUUUGCUUCAGCUGGUGCGGAUAACCAAAUCGCCUUAUGGGACCUAUCUGUGGAAAAAGAUACGGAAAGUAAUAAUGACGAUGUGCAGGAUCUGCCGCCACAAUUACUAUUCAUCCAUCAAGGACAAAACAAUAUAAAAGAAUUACAUUGGCAUCCUCAGUUGCCAGGAGUGAUAAUCAGCACAGCGGAAAGUGGUUUUAAUGUUUUUAAAACAAUUAGUGUGUAAAUAUAAAAAAUAAUAUAUUA